ACGUGACACUCUCAAAAAAGUAUCAUCUCCUAUAAAAGAAGGUAUAAAUACCAAUCCUUCCGCCUCGCGCCGCGUCCAACAUAAACCAUCUCUCUAACCCUAAUCUCUGCCGUUUACUCUGAAACCCUAGAUCUCUCGAUCUCCCCUCACCCCACAGGUGAGAGCUUCGAAGAUGGUGUCUGACGCUAGCAAGAAGAAGGCUGCACAGAAGAAAGCCGCCGCCGCCGCCAAAAGAGGCGGUAAAGCUGCAGCCGCAGCUUCUUCCAAAUCCGCCGGUACUUCCUCCAACGGAGUUGAUAGCUUGUCCAGUGGUGUCGACGCUCUUCAGAUAUCUGACCGGACCUGUACCGGAAACUUCUGCUCCCAACCACAGUCUAGAGAUAUUAGGAUUGAGCCUUUGUCUGUCACGUUUCAUGGUCAUGACCUGAUUGUUGAUUCGAUGUUGGAGCUUAACUAUGGAAGACGUUAUGGUCUGCUUGGGUUGAAUGGUUGUGGAAAGUCCACUCUUUUAACCGCUAUUGGGCUUAGGGAGUCGCUGAUUCCUGACCACAUGGAUAUCUAUCAUCUCUCCCAUGAGAUUGAAGCUACUGACAUGACUUCACUUGAGGCUGUUAUGAGCUGUGAUGAGGAGAGGUUGAAGUUGGAGAAGGAGGUUGAAGCUCUUGUUGAGCAGGAUGAUGGAGGCGGAGAGCGUCUUGAUACUAUCUAUGAUAGGUUGGAAGCCAUGGAUGCUGCAACCGCAGAGAAGCGUGCUGCUGAGAUUAUGUUUGGUCUUGGUUUCGACAAGGAGAUGCAGGCUAAGAAGACGAAAGAUUUCUCUGGUGGAUGGAAGAUGAGGAUUGCGUUGGCGAGAGCGCUUUUCAUAAUGCCAACGAUCCUUUUGCUUGAUGAGCCGACAAAUUAUUUGGCUUGUGUCUGGUUAGAGGAGAGUCUGAAGAAUUUUGACCGUAUCCUUGUUGUGGUAUCCCACUCACAAGAUUUCUUGAAUGGAGUCUGUACAAAUAUCAUCCACAUGCAAAGCAAGCAGCUCAAGUACUACACUGGUAACUUUGAUCAGUAUUGCCAGACCCGUUCUGAGCUUGAAGAGAACCAGAUGAAGCAGUACAAGUGGGAGCAGGAGCAGAUUUCCAACAUGAAGGAGUACAUUGCCCGGUUCGGUCACGUCGGCCUCACGGAAAAGGUGGCCAGAGACAGUGUUCUCGUCUUCCAUUUUGCUAAUGUUGGGAAACUUCCACCGCUAGUGCUUCAGUUUGUUGAAGUCUCUUUUGGGUACACACCAUACUACCUCAUAUACAAGAACAUCGACUUUAGUGUUGAUUUGGACUCGAGGGUCGCCCUUGUUGGACCCAAUGGAGCAGGGAAGAGUACACUUUUGAAGCUCAUGACUGGUGAAUUGCACCCGAGUGAAGGAAUGGUGCGUCGUCACAACCACUUGAAGAUUGCUUAGUACCAUCAGCAUCUGGCUGAGAAGCUAGACCUGGAAAUGCAUGCGCUUCUCUACAUGAUGCACGAGUUCCCAGGCAACGAGGAGGAGAAGAUGAGAGCUGCGAUUGGUAGGUUCGGUCUAACUGGUAAAGCUCAGGUAAUGCCGAUGAAGAAUCUGUCUGACGGGCAGAGGAGCCGUGUGAUCUUCGCAUGGUUGGCUUAUAAGCAGCCUAACAUGCUUCUGUUGGAUGAGCCAACUAACCAUUUGGAUAUUGAGACAAUAGACUCUCUGGCCGAGGCGUUGAACGAGUGGGAUGGUGGUUUGGUUCUGGUGAGUCAUGACUUCAGGCUGAUCAACCAAGUGGCUCAUGAGAUAUGGGUGCGUGAGAAACAGUGCAUCACCAAAUGGAACGGUGACAUUAUGAACUUUAAGAAGCACCUCAAGGCUAAGGCUGGACUUGAUAAUUGAAGAUAAAGUCCAAGUCUUAUCUCCUCUUAAUUGGGUCAUGCCGAGAGAGUGAGAGGGAGUUUGUUUUUGAUGAUGGUUUUGGGAAUGGUUUUUAACGAGUUCUAAAGCCACAUCUGUGAUAGAGAGAGAGGGACACCAUUAUUAUCAUUGUUGCACUUUUUUAAUUGUUUUUGAACGAAGAAACAGAGAGAUGGAUUGGUGGUAUUGUAUGAUUUUUUGACGAUUUUAUGUUAUUUAUUUAAUUUUAUCAAA